AUGAGCCGGAGUGUGCCUGGCUCAAGCUCAAGAGAAGAUGGCGAACUUGGUGCUAGUAUCAUCACGCUCGCAGGCACCAAUACGGGUGCUACCAUGAAGCGUGACGUGUUAGAUCAUCGUCCAAAAGUACAGGGUUACCACGAGAAAUUUUCUGCUGACCAUUAUCAUUCGGGAGGUAGUUCGGAUGCCUAUGUGAAUAGCAAUUUUCAAGCUGUUAACAAUUCGAUCAUGCUCGAUGCUUCUUACACCAGCAAUGAUCCUGGUGUUCAUAUGGAAAUAGAAGAUAAUGCAAGUGAAAUUCCUGCCCACAAGAAUGGAAGAAAAGGUUUAAGGAAAGGAAAGGAGCCUGCUCAAGGCAACCUACAUUCAAACUCGUCUGAUUGA